GUAAACAACACGUGGUUUUGUUAUGGUUUAAUGUCUACUCUGGGUUUUGAGUUCACGUUUAUUGUAGUCCAUCUGCUUUAAAUAAGACAAACAUGCCACCAAGAACUAAGUGCUCAGCAUGUGAAAAAGCAGCUGUGUUGAAAAGGCCAAAGACAGGCGAUGUGAUGUGUAAAGAUUGUUUCUACUUUGCAUUUGAAGAAGAAGUACAUCACACUAUCACCACAGCCAGUCUGCUGACACACGGCGAGAAGGUUGCCAUCGGAGCAUCAGGAGGCAAAGACUCGACGGUUCUUGCCCACGUGUUGAAGUUACUCAACGACCGCUACCACUACGGCGUGGACCUCGUGCUGCUGUCAGUCGACGAGGGCAUCACUGGUUACCGUGACGACUCACUCGAGACAGUGAAGAGAAACCAAGUACAGUAUGAACUACCCCUCAAGAUUGUGUCCUACAAGGUAAACCAGUCUCCUCCUUGUGCUUUUCAUUCAUUCACUUGGUCAAUGACAAACAUCUUAGAGGCUUUAGACUGGAUAAAAACGAAUUGUACGUUCUGUGGUGUGUUUCGACGCCAGGCUCUGGAUAGAGGUGCUGUGAUGCUCAAUGUUGACAAGAUCGUUACAGGUCACAAUGCCGAUGAUAUUGCUGAGACGGUCAUCAUGAAUGUUUUGCGAGGUGACAUUGCCAGACUGCGAAGGUGUACAGCUAUUACAACGGGAAUGGAUGGUGCUCUGCCCCGCUGUAAGCCGUUCAAGUACACAUACGAGAAGGAGAUUGUUAUGUAUGCAUACUUUAAGAAGUUGGACUAUUUCUCGACCGAGUGCAUCUACUCUCCAAAUGCUUACAGGGGAUUUGCUAGAACAUACAUCAAGGACUUGGAGAAGAUCCGGCCAAGUGCGAUUAUUGAUAUCAUCCACUCUGGUGAAAGCAUGUCAGUGAAGAAGGAAAUACGAAUGCCUGUACAAGGAACAUGUACUCGCUGCGGGUACCUGUCCAGUAACCCGGUUUGCAAGGCUUGUGUUCUCUUGGAAGGACUUAACAAGGGCAGACCAAGACUGGGGAUUGGAAAAGAACAUAAAGAGAGGAGAAAGAUGGCCGAGGAAGAGUUGCAGAAUGACAGCUCUGCCUUCAGUCCCAGACCUGAGAGUUUGCUUGAUCUACCCACGUAACGGCAUUGUCUUACAACCACUGAGCAUGGAAACAGAGCAGUAUUAUUGUGAAAACUGAUGCCAUUCAUGAUGACAACACUGACUUUGAUCAGAGUUUACAUAAACUAUUCACAAGAUCUCCUUGCUGUAACCAGUCAGUGUAAAACAGUGAUAUAUUGAGAACUCUAGAGUGCACUAGAUCUACACCAUUCUGUAACCAGUCAGUGUAAAACUGAUAUAUUCAGAACACUGAUCAAAGGUUUACUAAUCACUAUAUGUCUACCAAUCUGUCAACUUGAAGAUUCUACAUAUUGUCUUAAUAAUUAAAUUAAUUUUAAACUUA